UAUCGCAUGUUAGCUAAGCUAAUAGCUUAACUAUUCAGAGGAGCUAAAGCCUAGUGUGCGUUUUAGCUCUGUUUCUAUUUGACAAAACGAUCAAGAAAGGUUAGUUUGAAAUGGCGUAAGGUGUGUUUUUUUUUAACGAAGAAACAGAGACACGGUUCCAGGAUGAUUGAACCAGAGCUUCUUACCGAGGUCCCUGCAUCACUGAAGAGGCUCGCCAAGCAGGUCGUGAGGGGAUUUUAUGGUAUAGAACAUGCCUUGGCCCUAGAUGUGCUGAUACGUAACCCAUGCGUGCGAGAGGAGGACAUGCUGGAGCUGCUCAAGUUUGACCGGAAACAGCUUCGCUCUGUGCUCAACACUCUGAAAGCUGACAAGUUUGUUAAGUGCCGCAUGAGAGUAGAGACAGCUCCUGAUGGCAAGACAACACGGCACAACUACUAUUUUAUUAACUACAGGGUAUUGGUCAAUGUGGUAAAGUAUAAACUGGACCACAUGCGACGGCGCAUUGAGACAGACGAACGAGACUCUACCAGUCGUGCCUCCUUCAGGUGCCCUUGCUGCUUCUCCACCUUCACCGACCUGGAGGCUAAUCAGCUUUUUGAUCCUAUGACAGGUACAUUUCGUUGCACAUUCUGCCAGACAGAGGUGGAAGAAGAUGCAUCUGUUUGUCCUGAUGCCAGGACACUUGUGGCACGCUUUAAUGAGCAAAUUGAGCCCAUCUACGCACUCCUACGCGAGACUGAAGACAUUAACUUGUCUCAUGACCUGCUGGAGCCUGAGCCUGCAGAGAUCCCUGCUCUCAAACAGAGUCGCGAACGUGCUGCAGCCUCUGGAGCAAACGCUGCAGGCGGACCGCAUCGUGAAGCCUGGUCUAACAAGGGAUCAGCCUACGCUGAUUUGUACACUCAGAAUGUGGUUAUCAGUAUGGAGGAGCAUGAAGAGCAACAGAAACAGGUCAAUGAGAGCAAGGCACCUAAGGAUCAACCUGUCUGGUUGACCCAGAGCACAGUGCAGGGUGCUUAUAGUGAACCCGAAACCCUCAAUAACCGUGGAGAGGCUUUACCCAGAGCCCUGGAUGGAACAACGGGUCAUGGGUUGGGUCAGGCAGAUGAAAAUGAGGAAGUGAUGCGUGCCCUGCUCAUCCAUGAGAAGAGGGGUGCUACAGGAGCAGGUGGAGGUGGAGUGAGUGCUGCUGCCAGGGGUCUUGCCUCCGCCACAGCUAAUGCAAGUGACUCAGAGAGCGACACCAGUGAAUCAGAUGACGAUUUUCCGCCGGGUCCUCCAACUGCCACAGCCUCUCAUCAUCGCGCUGACAAGGAGGAUGAGGAAGAGGAUGAGGAUGACUUUGAGGAGGUGGGGGAUGAGCCAAUGGUGAUGGUGGGCGGUCGGCCGUUCUCGUACAGGGAGGUGAGCCAAAGGCCCGAGUUGGUGGAGCAGAUGUCUGUGCAGGAAAAGGAGGCGUACAUCGAAAUGGGACAAAACCUCUUCCAGGACAUGUACUUCUGAAUUUGCACCCAUAAAGUUUAUUCACACACAAACAUUUGACAAAUGUCUCUGUUGUCCCACAUUGUCCGUGGUACUGAGAACAAUAUCAUGAUAAUGUCUUGAUAGAAAAAAAACCAAGAUGCUGCUGAAUACAUUUACCGGUAAUGGUUUGUCAUUUAAACAGAAAAGUGUAAGUUCUGCCAGUGUUUCUGCUGUGAUCACUCUAGUACUCUGUCCAAAGUAUUAUGAAAGUCAUCAAACCUAAAAGGAGCUGGCUACUUUCAGAGUGCCAACUUUUGUUUUUCUUUUAAAAGUUUUUUCUGUCAUUGCUACUUUCAAUAGUUUGUCUUUACCACUAACAUUUCAGCCUUAGUUUUCAUUUGACAGACCGAAGGGACACACAUUUGUUUUAAUCAAUACACCUGUCCACUUGUAGACAUAAAAUCUUAUGCCUCAAGUCAAUUUUCCUGAAUGGGCGAAAAAGCAUUGAUUGUGUGAGAAUUGCCAAAAGAUUUCAGAGCACUUAGUGCGGGGGCAGGACAUGCUAAAAGUCUGAGCAGGCUCCUGCUGCUGCUUCCACUGUGCUGCCUGUUAGGACAAUGUGAAAGGAAGAACGUUUUCUGUUUUUUCUAAAAAAUAAAAAAAAAACAGCGGGCUUGAUUUAAAACCCCAUCUCAGGCUAAUGUAAAGACAAUGAGCCUUUUAGGUUGUUGUGUUAACAAAAGUUUUGUAUUUUUCACCAGUCUGAAAUAAAAUGAUACUUUUUUGCCAUAAAAAUGUGUAAUGAAUGUCUCGAUAGAAAAUCGUUUAUAAAUGCACAACAAUACAAAAGUAUUGGUUAGGGCUUAAUUUGUAAACCGAUCGUUGCUGGAAUGCAAAUAG